GGGCGGGCGGAGGGGCGGGACGGAGCCCUCCCCCCCCUCGGUGGAGCCUCCCGGCCCCGCCCGCAGUCCCCGCUCCGCCGGCCGCGGCCCCCCCGCAGCCCCCCGCCAUCGGCCGCAAAAUGCACCUUUUUUCCCCAAAGGAGCGGCUGUCCCGCUAGAGGCAGCGUGAGCCAUGGACACUGCGCAGAUGAGCAGAGCCCCAGUAAACGUGGCCUCCAGCCCGCCCCGCUGGGAGAUCGGCAUCUACGCCACGGGGGCUCUGGUGCUGCUGGGGGUCGCUGCCCUCAACCUCUGGAAGCUUUGGCGCUCCGGCACUUACCCGGCACCCUCCCCCUUCCCCAACUACGACUAUCGGUACCUGGAGCAGAAAUACGGGGCUGCCUGCGAGGAUGUCAGGCACAAGCGUGGGAUGGUCCUGGGCUCACAGAGGGUCCUGGAGAAGACCUCACCCAUCCGCAAGCCCAGCCUGAGGGUGGAUGACACCUUUGAGAGCAUCAACGAGCUGGGGAGCCUGGAGCUGAUGAGCAAAGACCUGGGCUUGGCCCACUACGGCCCCUUGAAGAAAUCCAUCUCGGCCGACUCCCUCAGCUCCAUCUCCUCCAUCGGGAACAACUUUGGCCAGGACUUCACGGUGGGGCAGGUGGAGGUCUCCAUGGAGUACGACGGGAAGGCGGCCGCCCUGCACGUGACCCUGCUGCAGGGCAAGGACCUUCUGGAGAAGGAGGACGCUCACUUCGAGUCCUGCUUCAUCCGCAUCAGCCUCCUCCCCGCCGAGCAGAUCGUCGGCAUCUCCCGGAUCCAGCGCAGUGCCUACUCCGUGGCCUUUGAUGAGCACUUCUCCAUCCCUCUGGACCCCUCGGCUCUGGAGGAGAACGUUCUGCGCUUCUGCGCCUUCGGCAUCGACGAGGACGAGCGCAGCGUCAGCACCGGCCUGGCCGAGAUCAAACUCUCAGACCUGGACCUGACCACCCGGCCCUUCACUGCCUGGCUCUACCUGCAGGACACCAACAAGGCAGUGGACACAGUGGGGGAGAUCCUGCUCUCCCUGAGCUACCUGCCCACGGCUGAGCGCCUGACAGUGGUGGUGGUCAAAGCCAAGAACCUGGUGUGGACCAAUGGCAAAGUGACCGCAGACCCCUUUGUCAAGGUGUACCUGCUGCAGGAUGGCAGGAAGAUCAGCAAGAAGAAGACAGCGGUGAAGAGGGACGACACCAACCCCGUGUUCAACGAGGCCAUGAUCUUCUCAGUGCCAGCCAUCGUGCUCCAGGACCUGUCCCUGCGGGUGACGGUGGCCGAGUGUGGUGAGGACGGCCGAGCCGACAACACGGGGCACGUCCUGAUCGGCCCCACAGCCAGUGGGAUGGGCACCACGCACUGGAACCAGAUGCUGGCCACGCUGAGGAAACCCAUCUCCAUGUGGCACCCCCUCCGCAGGAACUAACGGGGACCCCCAGGGGUCUGCACCCCAGCACCGGGCAGGGGGGCUCAGCCCAGAGCUGCUGAUGUGGCACAGUCCUGAGGAGCACCCAGUGAGACUUUGGCUCUGCACACCUGAGUGGGCUUCACACCUGGGUGGGCUUCACACCCGGGUGGGCUUCACACCUGAGUGGGCUUCGCAUGCACUGGAGGGACCCACCUGGAGAGGAUCCCCCCUUCAAAAGGACCCAGACCAGCAGCAAUCUCCCCAAACUGCUCCCCAGCAUCCCACCCACCCCAUGGCACCCACUGUGCCCCCCCCCGAGAGCUGCCGGGAGGGGGGUCUGCUCUGGGAGGUGGAUUUUGGUCAAAGAGAGGGGAAAUGGAGAAGGGGGGGAUAAAGUCCCAGCUUGGUGUGGUUUUUCUCAGCACGUGUGGUUUCUCGGGUGGGUUUGGUUGGGGCUGCUCAGAACUGCACAGCAAAUUCCUAAUUUUUAUUUUUUUUUUAAGGCAAAUCUCACUACUUGAGGGACAGUUUAUACAGCUCUUGGUCCUGGAGUCCUGCUGGGACCCGCUCCUCCCAGAGCUCACUCAGUUUGUCUGAAAUGUGGGUGCAGAGGGGACCAUCCUGACCAGGGGCAGGAGCAAGAGACUCCCCAGUUUUAUAAUUUUUAAGCCUAACUCCUCUUCCAGAAGGAGGGAGGAGAAAAAGCUCUUUGGAUCCCAUCUGCUCCUGACUUGGCCCCUCUGUAAGGUUUGGGGUUGAGAGGGGUCUGGGGGGCUGUGCUGGAGCUCCCCCCUGCUGGGGGCUGCCCUGGGGACACCCCUGCCCUGCUGGGACCCCACAGGGAAAUCUGGGGGUGUUUGGGGCUCUUUGCCAGAGGAGGUGGAGGGGUUUGGGGAUGCUGGGGGCAGGGGGUGCUGGGAUGCUGUAAGCAGGGGGGAAACAAAAAAGAAAAACACCAAAUUGAGCCAUUUAGCACAGAUUAAAGACCCCAGGGUGGUGGUACCCCUUGCUG